GUAUUAAAAGAUCAUAUAUGGAAAUGCUAGGUCUUUUACCAACACUAUCGAAACUUGGAGAACCUGAUGAAUUUUAUAAGCUACAGACAAUUAGACCUAUAUGUCUUAAUCACUGUCCACCAUAUGCAUCUAGUACCAUACCUGUUAGCUUACAUUGUUCGAUUUUUGGCAAAUUUAAGGAUUUCUGUGAGGAAGCCCCAGAAGUUAAGGAUAAUCAUUUUACCUAUAAUAUAUGUAAAAAAAUAGCAGAUUUUUUUAAGAGCGAAGAAGAACGUCAAACUACUGCAAAUAAAAUGUUAUCUACUUAUUUUGGCUACAAGAUGCAACCACUUGUACUUCCUCGUAGUCGCCGUACUGAUGGCACUAUAAGCUAUUCCUCUGUGUAUCAUGGGCUUAAUGUGGAAUUUAAGUAG